AUGGAGGAGAUGCCGCGGGCCGGGCGGGGUCCCUGGGCCAACCUGCUGAGCCUCUGGAGCCGGGGGGGCUUCCAGGACUUCCACCGGCGCAUGGAGGGGGGCUUCCAACGCCUCGGGCCCGUCUACAGGGACCGCGUGGGCUCCCUGGACUGUGUGAACGUUCUCCUGCCCCGGGACGCGGCGCAGCUGCUGCGGGCGGAGGGGCCCUUCCCCCGCAGGAUGGGGAUCGCGGCCUGGAGCGCGCACCGGGAGCUGCGGGGGCACCGCCGCGGGCUCUUCCUGCUGAACGGCCCGGCGUGGCGGUCAGACCGUCUGGCGCUGAACCGGGCCGUGCUGUGUCCGGCCGGCGCGCGCCGUUUCGUGCCGCUGCUGGACGCGGUGGCGCGGGAUUUCGCCCGGAGCCUGCGGGGCCGCGUGAGCGCCGCCCCCGGGGGGGCUCUGACCAUCGACCCCCACCCGCUGCUCUUCCGCUUCACCCUCGAGGCCAGCAGUUUCGCUCUGUUCGGGGAGCGGCUGGGGCUGCUGGGGGGGGGCUCGGGCUCGGGGGGCGCUCAGCGGUUUUUGGGGGCUCUGGAGGAGAUGCUGGACACGACCCUCCCCCUGCUGUUCCUGCCCCGCCCCCUCCUGCGCCUGCACCCCCCGCUCUGGCAGCGCCACCUCCGCGCCUGGGACCUCAUCUUCCAGCACGGUGAGACCCCCGGGACCCCCGCCCAUGCGACCCCCGGGCUGUACCCGGUGGGCAUCACCGUGCAGAGGUACCCGGCCACCGACGUGGUGCUGCACAACUACCGCGUGCCCGCGGGGACGCUGUGCCAGGUGGCUCUGUACGCCAUGGGGCGCUGCCCCGACGUCUUCCCGCACCCCGAGCGCUACGACCCCUGGCGCUGGCUCGGCAAGGACGACACCACCUUCAAGGCCUUGGCCUUCGGCUUCGGCGCGCGCCAGUGCAUCGGGCGGCGCCUGGCCGAGGCCGAGAUGAUGCUGUUCCUCGCGCACGUCCUGAGCAACUUCAGCAUCGAGGCCGUGUCCACCGAGGACGUCCCCACCGUUUUCCGCUUCAUCCUGAUGCCCGAGAAGUCACCGCUGCUGACCUUCCGCACCCUCGACUGA